CGUUUCGUUAUUUAUUCAAAACAGAACACAAGAGUUUAGUACAAAGUUUAGUCCCGUUGGAAAAGCUGUCCAAAAGCUCCCCCUUCCCUGUAUGUACACACAUUGCAGCAACGACCUUGAGGGCUGCAACAAGCGCAACAGCAGAAGCAGCAGCAACAACAACAACAACAACAAGUAGCAGCAUUAAGCUGUAAAUCAAUUCGGGCGGGGAAAAAUUCAAUGUCAAUGGCAAAAGCUUCUCGUGCAAUUCGGCCGCACGUCUGUAUCCGUUGCAUACUCUGAGGCGGACAGCACAUUACGCAUACGUCGAUGGCCAGUGCAACGUGCGAUUUAUUAGUGAAAUAAAUAAAUAUAAGGGAAAAAUUUAGAACAACAGCAACAACAACAACAAGGUGGAAUCGGGCGCCAGUGAGUGACUCUCGCGAGCGAGCAAGCAAAUUGCGACAGAGAAAUGAGACAAAUUUAGACAAAACGAACGAAAGAAAGAAAAUUGUUGGUCGCCAGAGCAAACUGUUGCUGCUGCUCCUAGUGCUGUUGUUGUAUCUCUUUGUGGCUCGGGGGCACUAGGGUGCUAGCUGAUGGCUGCUGGUGGCAGUUUGUGUUUGGUGGGUGACGGUGCCAAAUGUUGAUCAUGACCGCGUAAAAAUACGUAUAAAUAUAAUUAAAACCGAGAAGCAGAAACAAACGCAAAGCAAACAACUUUGUUUCAUCCGAUAUUCAAAUAAAAACUGAAGGAAAAUUGUGUAACGGCAGCGAGAUGAACCGAACGAUAUUACACUGGAGCUAUCUGAACUUCAGGGAUGUGCCCAUGGACCUGUUCCUGUACGAGGACCUGGAGGAGGUAUACCUGAAGGAGAACUUUAUAUCGGUGAUACCCCAAUGGCUGCUGAGCAUCACGACCCUCAAGUUUAUCCAUCUGGCGGGGAACAACCUGAGCGAACUGCCCAUGGACAUAUAUAUGCUGGAGAACCUUGAGUUCCUCGAUGUCUCCAACAACGAGCUGAAAGAGCUGCCGCCCACACUGGGUCUGCUGCUCCGUCUACAGCAGCUGAACGUCUCCGGCAAUCGGCUCACAAAACUACCGCUGGAGAUGAGCAGUUUGCGCAAUUUGGAACAGUUGAACAUCUCCAAGAAUCGGUUCCGCCGCCUGCCCAUACAGCUGAGCGAAUGUGUGCGCCUCAACGAGCUAAACGUAAGCGACAAUGAGACGCUGCUGCACAUACCCGAGCGCAUUGCCAACCUCCCAAUGUUGCAGUCCCUGGCCGCCGAUCGCUGUGCUCUCAUCUAUUUGCCGGCUGCUCUCUCCAAGUUUAUGAACCAUGUGCGCAUCUUCCACAACACGUCGAUCAACUACUUGCCGAUGAUAUACGAGAAGUUCUAUCAGAGCUUCUACGACAAUCGCCAGAGAUUCACGCCCAUAUCCGUCAGCAGCAAGGGCCUGUUCUGGGUGCGGGAGCUUGAGACAAGGAAACGCCUGCUGCUGCCAGUGGGCACGCGACAAGUCUUCGAAGUUCCCUCCAAGGAGAACCGCAUCUCACUCUACGACGACUGUUUGCAUGCCAUCCAGACGCUGAACCGCCAUGUACCUGUCUACGAGAACGCAGCUCUGCAUCGCCUGCUACCCGAGGCUUACAUGAGCUCCCAGAUUAACAAUGGCCCCAUCGCCCGCUGCACGACUUCCCAAUGCUCGAGAUGUUUGUACACUUCGUACUACUUCAUGGUUGUCAAGAGAUUUGGCAGCUCUUCGAAGCAGCUCUUCACCUGUAACUUUUGCACCAAUCGCUGUGCCAAUCUGUGGCUGGCCAGCAACAGCAGAAGGUACUACCAACUGCCCUGGAGAGUCUCCGACGAUGACGAUGUUGACGUCGAUAACUAUCCCAAGCAGUAAAGAUGGGGCGAACAGUAAAGCUCCCGCCUAGAUGUUGUACAAAUGCACUCAUACACGUAGAAUUGUUUAGUUACUCUCGUACCUUUAAUUAGUCGUGUAAAUGUUGUGUACUACUGGCAACCAGCGCCUACAAAACUCAACCCUACACUAA